AUGGAUGGCGGUCGAGGCACUCGCGACGUCUGCGGCCCUCCACUGUCUGCAGUCGCGCACCGCCUGCGCACGAGUAUGAAAGACACUGCGCGUUUAUUGGCCGACUUUGAGCACGACUUGGAAGCCCGUGGGGACGUGGACUGGCGCGUCUAUGGGAAGUGCUGCCGACAACUGGUCGCGUUUGUGGCUACACACAUGGACACAUCGCGCGACUUUGUCGAGCAAAUGGACCACGUGAUUCGAGCGAGUUACGUGGACACUGGAGCGUGGACGGGGCUGAGGUCGGUGGGGACCGAAGCGUUGUGGCUCCGGUGUGCGGUCGAGUCGGACGGUCCCCUCGUUCCACUUGGGUCGAGCUCUCCGUUGCAUCGGAGAUCGACGACUGGGACCAGAGUGGCUGAGGAUAGUGCAGUGGCUGUGACGCCACUGCCGGGGGCAAUUGCCAGUGCUGCUGGGCCGAGACCGACGUGCUCUCCACAUGCAGGUGUAGCAGGACCGACCGCUUCGUUGGUCGGAAGCGGCGGCAAACGGCAUUCGAAGACGCGUCGGUUGAUCCCACGCCGAGGAUCGAAGCGGGUGCACUACAUCGUUGCGCGGAGUCUGUACAGUGCAGGAAAGAUGGACCGCGAGGAGAAGGACGGGCGUGGUGAGGACCGGGAGCUGGAAAGCGCAGAGGAAGCCGAGACUGAACCAGAAGAGGAGGUGGAGGUGCUUGGCGAGCUUUGUGAGAACCCACGGUCGGGGCAGCGAGCGGGAGAUGAUGGACUUGUGCAAGGUCGCGGAAGCGGUGAUGAUCGAAUCGUGUGGCCUUGUGCUGGUGCGAAUCCAUCAGAGCGAAGUUCUGCGUUCGUAAAGCGCCUACGGACGGCCAUGGAGCUGGUGGAUGCGGGAAACUGCUGUCCGCCGCCGGGCAUGAAGUGCACGCAGAGGUGCGCGAGUAUUCGUGCUGGGAUGUGCCGGGUUCAUCGCAUACGACGGGACGGCGCAGGCGUGUGCCACAAUAAGGCGUGCUGCGUCUGGCGCGACAUUGACUCGCACUUCGUGCGCUGCCGGAAUACGGACUGCGAGUUUAAAAACCGCAUUGGCCUGCGCCAAGCAAUGCACGACAUCCAACAGAAUGAACUGAAACUCAAGCUGACAAGUGAUAAACUGGUAGCCGCCAAGACAAUGACGAGCGGCUCUGCCGAUGCUCAGCAUGAUGACCAGUCGAGGACCUCUUCGCCUUCUCAGAGUGAGGAGACCAACAUCAGGAAGCUCGAAGAAGAAUGCGCCAAGCUAGAAGACACAAUUUCACUGCACCGCGAACGAGAGCGCGCCUUUCAGUUCGACCUGAAUGCGCUCGAGAUCCCUCCAGCAAGCUGCGAGUCGGACCAUAUGCCAAUCUUUCAUCGCCAUUACGCCAUGAAGGGGCCAAGAGAAUAUAUGCAGGAUCUGGGAUAA